CGCCCCGCCCCCAGCCGCCGUUGUGGACGUUUCGGACGGAUGUUUAGGGUUUUUUUUUUUCAGGCCCGGCGGAACGCGAUUGGAGCUAAAACAGGACGCGUCCGGGGAAAUCCGGAUGUAUGGUGAAAUCUGUUUAAUCUGAUUUGAAGUUCAGCUUUCAUUCAAGCAAAAAAUAAAUUAAGAGGAGGACAAGAUGCCAAAUAUCAAAGUUUUACAGCCUGUACUAAAAAUGAAAGUGGAUGAGCUCUUUUUGUGCUGGUUGAGUGAAACAGCAACUCAAGUGAUGCUCAAAGACUAUUUAAGAAGUAUAACCAGUGAAGAAAAGAUUGAAAUAGGUAGCGGUGAUGCUGGGGACAAUGAAAAUAUUCUUUCUCAAAUUAACUAUGUCUCCAAACAAAGCAUGUUAGGCAGUCUGAUAUCUCCUUUGACUCCAACGAGCCCUCCUCACCUUUCCACUACUCUUCCAUUCAGUACCCCAACAAGUCCUAGGAGCUGUUCUGGUAUUCGAGGAAAGCGCAGAUCUUCAAGUUGCAGAAAUGUUCAGUCAAAGAAAGAGGAAUCUUUAACACCAUCUCUGAGCCAAACCAUUCCAACAUUUUAUUUUCCUCAAGGGUGUCCAAAAGAAAAAGUCAACAUUGAUGCUAUUAUUGCAAAGAUAGACAAAACUUUCUCCCAGUUUCCCAAUGAGCGAGCUACAUUAGAAGAUAUGGGCAAAGUUGCAAAGGCCUGUGACUGCCCCCUUUACUGGAAAGGUCCAUUAUUUUAUUGCGCUGGAGGAGAGCGCACAGGAUUUGUAUCAGUUCAUAAGUUUGUUGCUAUGUGGCGAAAAAUAUUACAGACCUGCCAUGAUGCUGCUGCCAAGUUUGUUCAUCUUCUAAAAAGUCCUGGAUAUAAUUAUCUGGUACAAGAAGACUUCAUUCCAUUUUUACAAGACGUGGUUAAUAGUCAUCCUAGUCUAGUCUUCUUAAAGGAAGCAUCAGAAUUUCAUUCACGGUACAUUACAACGGUAAUACAAAGGAUAUUUUAUACAGUAAACAGGUCAUGGACAGGAAGAAUCACUUGUAAUGAACUCAGAAAAAGCAGCUUUUUACAGAAUGUGACGUUGUUAGAAGAGGAAGUAGAUAUUAACCAGCUGACAGAAUACUUCUCUUAUGAACAUUUUUAUGUAAUUUAUUGUAAAUUUUGGGAGCUAGAUACAGACCACGAUCUUUACAUCGACCAAAAGGAUUUAGCUCGACAUAACGACCAUGCUAUAUCUAAUCGGAUGAUAGAUAGGAUUUUCUCUGGAGCUGUAACAAGGGGCAAGAAAGCACAGAGAGAAGGAAAAAUCAAUUAUGCAGAUUUUGUGUGGUUUUUGAUAUCAGAAGAAGACAAAAGGACUGCCACUAGCAUUGAAUAUUGGUUUCGAUGUAUGGAUCUUGAUGGUGAUGGCGUAUUGUCCAUGUAUGAACUACAAUACUUUUAUGAAGAACAGUGUCAAAAACUGGAUAAUAUGGCCAUUGAACCUCUGCCAUUUGAAGACUGCCUUUGUCAGAUGCUUGAUCUUGUGAAGCCAGAGAAUGAAGGAAAAAUAACUCUUCAUGAUUUAAAGAGAUGUAGGAUGGCAAAUGUUUUCUUUGACACUUUCUUCAAUAUUGAGAAAUAUUUAGACCAUGAGCAGAAGGAUCAGUUUUCUGUGCUGAGGGGUACCGAAAAUGAAAAUCAAGACAUGUCUGAUUGGGAAAAAUACGCUGCUGAGGAGUAUGAUGUCCUAGUUGCUGAAGAAGCAGCCAGCGACCAGUGGAAUGAUUGUUUUGAAGCUGAGCUGAUUCCUGGUGACCAUCAAAAGACCAACAUACUAAAAUAUCAAAUGGAGAAAAGACCUUUUUUUGAUAUGCCUUCCCAUUUGGCAGAUGUUGACUUGGAUGAUUAUGACUAUGAAGACGAUUUUGAAUAAACUAUAUUUG